GAUCGUUCCCCCGCGUCGUCCUUGAGUGGAAGACGCCCGUCCGCGCGGGCGCGAGAGGGGCCGGUUGCGCGGGCGGAGCCCAAUGGCAUGACCGAUGGCCACGAGAAUCAUCCGGUACACCACUUGAGGGUGGACAGCCUAGGGUCCAGCGCCCAAACGCAGGAGCCCCGGAAAUGUGUACCACUGUGGAUGCAAUGGCCCCGCUUUUGGGUGGUGCUUUGCAUCAUCGUGGCCAUUGUCGCGGUGAGCAUCCAGAACAUCCUCUCCACGGAUGCCUCGAAGCGGGUCCAUUUGCGGGAAUCGGUCUUGGACCUCUCUAAGACUUACGCGGGUGCUGCUUGGAGUCAGCUUGGAGUUCCGGGCGGAGGGAGACUGGUGCGGCCGGCCUAUCAAACGGGAUGAAGGAGGUGGCGCGCCAGGUGCGGAGCUCGGUGAGCUCCGUCCAGGCCCUGGAGGCGAUGAUGAAGAUCGACGAUGCGGGCAUCGCUUUGGAGAACUUCGCCAGCCUGGCGGAGGCUCUGAUCAGUACCUACCAGGGCAUUUCCAACCUCCCCUGGCGCCCUUUGGGCGUUUGGAUUGUAUUUAUCCCCUCGUGGACGAGACACAGGACAACCGUGCGGCCUUGGGGCUCAACUUGUUGUUGGAUCCCGUCCGAUCCCCUGCCGCGCUGGACUCCAUCGUGAAACAGGAGACCGCAGUCAUUGGUCCCGUGAAGCUCUUGCAGGGCGGGGUCGCUCUGAUCGCUAGGCGACCCAUCUUCACGCGCUUUGCUCCUGCGUUGAUGCCUGAUGCCUGGUACCAAACGGGUGGCCACAACUACUCGCGGGUUUGCUCCAAGACGCCACCCGACGAGCAUUGCUCCUUCCUGGGGCCACCUGAGGCGGAUGGGACGCCGACCUACUUCUGGGGCUUCGCAACCAUGCUGGGCCGGGUAGAGGAGUUGUUAUCGCCGAUCCAUUUGGAGCGAUUACAAUCAGGUGCUCAUCGCCUGUCUGGGCUCACCUCCUUUCAUUACCUGCUCACGGAUACCCGUGCAGACCCUCCAGUUGAGUACUACGGACGCUCGGACCGCGAGGCUGCCCUGGACCGGCCCGUAGAGGCCAUGGUGGUGGUGGAGGAGGCCAACAUCCGCUGGCUCUUGCAGGUGGCUCCACGUGAUGGAUGGCCAGUGGUCUUCGCGGACUUUUGGAAUCAACUUUUCAUCGUGGUACCCAUGACGGCGCUGCUGGGCGUGGGACUGGGCGUGAACAUCAUCAUUGCCAUGCGGAAACGGGCGCAUCAGAUCAUCAAGCUGGAAGAGUAUCGACGCGAAGUGAUCUCGCGAACCAUCCUCGCGUCGAUUUCGAACUUGAAUUUGCUUCAAUUUCCCAUGUGCCUUCUGAAGUUGCAGGACUUCCUCGGCCUAGGGCGUUUGAUCCGCCAUGAGGACGCGCGCGAAGCCCGGAAGCUGUGCUUCAUCGACCAACCACAAGUGGCGGCAGACCUUUGUAAGGAAGAGGGUGUCGCCUUCAUCAGUCAUCAAUGGGCAGGCUUUGAGCAUCCAGAUCCUGAAGGGAUUCAGUACAGGAGCAUGGUCGUGGCAGUCAAGGAGGUUAUAAGCCGAGGCUUGAAGUGCAGCUGGAUUUGGGUCGACUACAGCUCGAUUCCACAGCAGAACGCCUUCCAGCAACAAACGGCCAUCAACUCUUUGUCUGUGUACGCCUCCUACUGUUCCGUGUUCCUCUCGGUGGUUCCUCCCUGUAAACAUGCCGAUAGUGGACAUGAUGUGGAUAUCCACUCCUACUGCUCUCGAGCCUGGUGUCGACUGGAGAAGUUGAGCUAUGCCACUUGCUCCUGGGAAGAAGAGCGCUUGGCUUUCCUUUGUACGGAGGAAGGCAUCAGCAAUGACUGGGCUGGGGUCUUCAACGACGAGUCCGUGCUGGAUGUGCUGGGUGGUCAGUUUAGCUGUUGCACCCGGAAUCAUCCCGACGACCGCCCCUGCGACAAGCAGAAGAUCGUAGGCGUGAUGUUAGGCAUUUUUUGGCGGAUUCUGGCGACGAACCGCGAUGCGCCACACCGGAAGCAUGCUCGGACCUUGUUGCGGCUGGUGGAGAAGGACGAAGAAAAGUACUUCCCCAAGACCGCGUCGUACCGCACGGAACUGAUGGAGCCACGGCCCAUCGAGCUGUUCGAUGGCUUCCUGCCCAUCUUGAAGGAGAUGUUCUUGGAAGACUCCGCAGCGGUCCAGGAGGAGCGUGUCAAUGUACCAGGUGUGAGUGAUCCUUGGCUGACCUGCUCCAUUUCCUUGGGCCCCUUGCCCGACGAGGACCCUUUGGCUUCCAGAAACACGCAGGACUUCGACCAGAGCAUCCCUUCCAUCCACAUUGUCCAGCCCGAGGCCACCGAGGUCCAGAUCCAUGAGGAGAGGAUCUGAGACCGUCAGGACCGGCGAGCGGCUUGAUGAGAUGGGAGACCGCGAUGCGUUGGGAGUCGGACAUCAGAUGGUCAGCUGUACUUACCUAAUGAGGAAAGACAUUUCAUAUACCAGGACACCUCCAAGGGGUGCCCAAUGGAAGCCUAGGCCGGUAGUGUGGGGUAGUCCAGCCAGGACACCCCGACGGGAGGGUCCAGGUAU